AUGUUCAUUAACGCUAAUGAUCCUAUGAUGCCAGGUCAAUUUAUCAACGAUGUUCAGCCAUUUAUCAAACUUCCAUUUCCACCAAUGAUCAAUCCACGUGAUUUAAUUACUUUAAAUCCUGAUGGUCGUGAACCGUCUAGAGCACCAAAUGCCUUUAUUAUCUAUCGAAAAUUGUUUAUUAAAACUGCAAAGUGUGAAGGAUAUUCUCUUCCGAUGACGGUAAUGUCUCCUAUGGUCUCAAAGUCCUGGAAGAAAGAACCCGAGAUGGUUAAAAAAGAAUACAAAAGAAUCGCACGAGAAGCAUUCUUGUAUCGAAGCGAGAUUUGCCCUAGACCCAAGCGUGAAAGAAAAAGAAAGCGAUGGAAUAUAAUCUCAUUUGACAAACCUGAUCGCAAACCUUCUUCCCAUAUCAAUUCACAGAAGUCAGUUAGCAAGGCUUCUCCGUUGCUCACACCAAUCUCAUUUCCGCUUACCCCCAAAGACAAAACGAAUUCGCUAAUCUUAAAUUUAGGUUUAUUCGCUGAUUGGGAGGAUCUCUUAUGUCCUAGCCCGAUCUAUCAAUGUCUACAAGUUCUGGAUAAUCCAAAUCCAACCGAAGAACAACAACAGUUUAUUGGUGAUUUUGCUUAUCUCUUAAGAACAUUGUAA